AGAUUUUGAGCUUCGGAAAUAGGGGCACCACAUUUAUUCUUAUUUAUUACUUCUUUACCCUUCAUUCUUCCAGUUAAAAUGCCCACAGAGUUAGAAGACCUUGUCGGCUUCAUUGCGCACCCCAAUCCUCAAAUUCGAAAGCUUGCAGUCGAGAAUCUAGUUCCAUACUCAACAGCGCAGCCUUCUAUAUUCAAGACCGAGGAUCUCCUGCCCGUGAAGAACUUAGCCUUGUUGAUGCAAGAUCAUCCACAAAUUGCCGAACAUGCCUUGACGAUCCUCGUCAACCUAUCAGCCGACGAAAAAGUACUAGAAUUACUCGCGAGUAAUGACAGAUUCGUCGACUCCCUUCUGGCGAGGGUGGUUAAACCAUCCGAACCCAACGCCAACCUCCUGGCCAUGCUCCUCGCCAACCUCUCCAAGUGGGACGGCCUCAAGAAGAUCCUAACCAAGAAGCAACCCCCGCCGGAGGAGCUCCAGUCGCACGACCUAGUCCUCAACCAGCUCAUGGACCUCUUCGUCAAGGGCGCCGACGGCUCCUACAACAAGCACGCCGACUACGCCUACCUCGCCUACUUCUUCGCCGACCUGACCAAGCACGCCGACGUCCGCCAGUUCUACCUCACCAAGCAGCGCUACGACGACGCCGUCCCGCUGACCAAGCUCAAGGUCUUCACCGAGCACAAGUCCGACGUCCGCCGCAAGGGCGUCGCCAGCACCAUCAAGAACGUCGCCUUCGAGGUCCCCGCCCACCCGGCCUUCUUCGCCGAGGACGACAUCCACAUCCUCCCUUACGUCCUCCUCCCCAUCAUGGGCGACGAGGACUACGACGUCGACGAGACCAUGGACAUGCUCCCCGAGCUCCAGCUCCUCCCCCCCGACAAGCAGCGCGACCCGGACUCGUCCAUCAUCCAGACCCAUCUCGAGACCCUGCUCCUCCUCACGGCCACGAGGGAAGGGAGGGAGCUGAUGCGCCAGGUCAAGGUGUACCCCAUCAUCCGGGAGACUCAUUUGCGCGUCAACGACGAAGGGGUCAGGGAGGCCUGCGACAGGCUCGUGCAGGUGUUGAUGAGGGAAGAGGAGCCCGAUUCCACCUCGAAGGUGAAAGAGGUUCAUGAAGAUGACGAAAUAGUUGAUGUGUAGAUUCGAGAAUGUUAUGAAGACUAGGAAAAAAAAAAUGUUACCCUUGGGUGUUCCCUGAUUGCACAAACGCCCGACUUGGUCGCAGAGCAUCUGUUCAGAGGGUAUCGCCCGGCCGCCUUAAAACUACAAAUGUUGGACC